GGUUACUGGUUUUAAUCAUCAGGGCUCACUUUUUGACGCAGAGGCGUGGGUAUGGGUGCAACGCCUUUCUCGUUAAGCUUUCGUUUUCACUCCUAAUCAAAUCACCCAUUCGCUCUUUCUAAACUCUGUUUUCUCUCUCCAUCUUUACUGCUUUCUAGACAGUUGAACUUCGAACAACCAACCCACAGCCAAAAUUCAAGAAAAUAAAGCCUUUUUUCUUGUGGGUUUUUCCUCACAAGUACGGUAGAGAAACUGAAACAGACAAUCUGAAAAUGGGACCUUUCCUUUUUUGCCACUUUUAGUUUAUGUUUUCAGAGUAUUCACUGUGUUCAUCUGACAAGGGUUUUGAAUCAGUGUAGUAUUUAUGAUGAUGAAAUUGAUUUUUAUUUACUGAACUUGUCUUUUCUUGGGAAAUUAUGGCCAUUGAUUCUUUAACCUUUGAAGGACUGCUUAAAUUUCAGUGGAAUUUUUUUUGGAAUGGCUCUGCAUUUCGUUUUGCUUCAGCCGAGCCAUAAAGGUCCCUUUUCAGCCGUCUCUGAGUGGCUAAUUCAACCGUUUCAGAAUUUCAGUUUAAUCUACUGUUCUUAGUGUCUAUUAUCUGAUUGAUUUCAAAUUUUUACCGAUUUUUGGACCCUCCUGUUUUACGUUAGAGUAAGAAUAAAAAUUUGGGGCUCUUUAUAGUGAUUUCUAAUUUGCUUUUUCAUUAGGGCGUUUCUUUAUCCUCCAUAGAAAACUUCAAGAAAGAGUUUUUCUUGUUCUUCUGGGGGUUGUUUCUCAAUUCUUGUUGAUGGACAUGGCCGGAGAGGAUGCUAGUAUCGAGCCGAAAAUUAUGUCUUCACAAUGGCAAUUGAAUAUAAAUAAUUUAACAAAUACAUCCAUUGUAAUCAAUCCCACAAGCAAUUCAAAUGUCGAGUCUUCGGCUUGUUCCUCCAACUCCAUGGCAGAUUCGAUUUGUCCUCCCAUUUGGAACCAGCCCGUCAGUGGGCAGAGUCUAGGCUAUUGUGACAUGAUUGUCGAAAAUAAUACUAGCACUUCAAACACAUUGGGUAACGGGACUAGCAGUAUUAUUCCUGUAAGACCUAAUGCAAUCCUGAGAGAGAGUACGUUUUUACGGGACUUUCCAGUGAUACUUCCUUCGAGCUUGCCUCACUUACCGGCUGAUUCAGGUUUCAUCGAAAGAGCUGCCAGGUUUUCUUGCUUCGGUGGAGGAAAUUUUGUUGAUAUGAUGAACCCUUUUAGAAUGUCUGAAUCUCUGAAUCCUUACACUCGAGAUUUGGCAUCGGAAGGGCCACUGGAGGUUCUUGCAGGUAAGGGAUCCAAAUCACUGCCAGUUAUGCAAACUCAGACUCAUGAAAUGAAUGCGAUUGAACGUUCCAUGGAGGUUCCUCUACCAGUUGAGCAAGGAACUGAAGGGAGCUCAAUCAAGAAUGACAAAAUGAUCGAGCACUUUCCUAGUUCUCACGAUGAAGCGAUUUUUGGCAUUGGUUUGUCGGCUCACGAGUUUGCUGAGGCUGAAUUUAGUGGCAGCGGCAUUCAAGGGGAGUUGGAGGAUGACGCUGGGGAAUCUUCUGCUAAAGAACUUGGCUCUAAGAAAAGGAAGAGAACCGGACAGAGUAACAACGGAAGCAGACAGGCGGCAAAUGAAACUGCGAUGGACCAUGCUGAAAUUCAACAGCAGGGGUAUCAAAAUCGAGCAUCGAGUAAGCCUUGUGGCAAACAUGAUAAGCCGGGAUCUCAAGGGUCAGAUCUACCAAAAGAAGAAUACAUACAUGUUAGAGCUAGAAGAGGUCAAGCAAUAAAUAGCCACAGUCUUGCAGAAAGAGUAAGGAGGGAAAAAAUUAGUGAAAGAAUGAAGUUUCUUCAGGAUCUUGUACCUGGUUGCAGCAAGGUCACUGGAAAAGCAGUUAUGCUAGAUGAAAUUAUUAAUUACGUACAAUCACUUCAACGACAGGUUGAGUUCCUUUCAAUGAAGCUUUCAACGGUAAAUCCUCGGCUGGACUUCAACAUUGAAGGGCUACUAGCCAAAGAACCACGAGCUGGUCCACCAUCUUCAUUGGCUUUUUCAUCGUGUGUGACUAUGCCUUAUCCUCCAUUGCAUCAGUCGCAAACUGGAAUAAUCCAAGCAGUUCUUCCUGGCUUAGGAAGCUUUUCAGGUCCACUUCAGGGAUCGGUCAAUCCCCAGUUAACUACUGUUGGUGGAAGAUUCAAAGAGUCUACAUCUCAGGUACACUGUGCAUGGGAAGAUGAAUUAUGCAACAUUAUUCAGAUGGGAUUCACUUCAAAUGAUCAUCUUAACGGUCAAAACUUUGGCGGCCACUUGAAAUCCGAACUCUAAUAGCUUUCAUUAGAAUUUGUAUUUCCAUGCCUCGAACCUUUGUCUGAGGUCUAUCAUAUCGCGAGAGAAAUUUAUUUCACUCCCUUUGCUCAUGAGCCCACAAUAGAAUUCUUCUCCAAGAGCUUUUCUGGGACAACACAUUAUAGAUUACAAGCCCCGUCUUGAAGUUCCAAGCUUAAUUGCUGUAUUCCUGCGCCUUGAACAUUUGCCAGUUACUAUACAGAGCAGCUUCUUAUUCAAGAAUCAUGUCCUAUGCCGAGUUCAUAGUUAAAACUAGCUCCAUGAACGAGAGCAUAAGAUUAAUAAGAAUGAAAGUUUAUCUUCAGAAGCAGCAGAGGAAAAAAUGCCGAAUAUUCUUUUUAUGAUUAAAAUGCAAUUGGAUAUCAUGAUUUGUUCUUGUAUAAUGAGAAGACGAAGAAUUUUCUAAUGAGGUGAGAACAAAUGAAAAUAAAUACAAAUUUCUUUAGUUUCAGAA